AUGAAAAUUCAUUCGGUAAUCAUCGAUCCAAGUCAUGUUGUUCAUCGAUGGGUUUGGGAUUUCGAAUUAGUAUUUUUUGACCGAAAAACUCGUUUUAUCGUUGGACAAUGGAUGAAUUAUUGGUGGUGGUUGAGUAUUCCGUUAUGGUUAUUCAUUAUUUCUAAAGUUCCAGAAACAAUCGAUACUCUGUUCAUUGUUCUACGACGACAGCAAUUGAUAUUUUUACAUUGGUUUCACCAUGCAUCCGUGCUGGUUUAUUGUUUCUACAGUUACGGUCAUUUUGCACCAUCGGGUCGUUGGUUUACAUCUAUGAAUCUAUGUGUGCAUACUAUCAUGUACGGAUAUUUUGCUUUGCGUGCUGCGCGUUUUCAAGUUCCUCGGUGGAUUCAACAAUCAAUCACAUUUCUUCAACUUGUUCAAAUGGCCAUUGGUUGUAUCGUGAACAUUGCUGCUUACAAAUAUAAACAAGAAGGUCACCACUGUAUGACAUCAUACAAUAAUAUCUUUGUUUCACUACUACUUUAUCUGGCUUAUUUGUUACUUUUUGCAUACUUUUUCUAUUCAACGUAUGUACGGAAAAACGUAAAGGAGCGUACAGAAUAA